UAUCCAACAUGUCCGGACCCGACAGAGCGACGGAGAGAGGAAUUUCAACAGAAAACUCACAAACCGCCGCUGACAAGAAGGCUGUUUCUUUCCAUGAAAAUGAAACUGCUGAGAUAUUUCUUCAGUGGACACUUCUACCGCUGGACCACAUGAAUGCACUUUUGGACCUCUCUGUGGACCAAGUCCAGCUGCGGUUUGAGGAUAUGCUUGGUUUGAAAAAACAUCAGACGUGUUUGAAUGAGGCAGCCCUGUUGGACUACUUUGUUGCAGGAUUUUGGUGGGCCAAAGAGAUGAACUUCACCUGUCAGCAAAUCUCAUUUAUCAUGGCCCUUUUACAACUGUUACUUGACAACAUAAAAGACAAGCAGAUGCCCUGUUCUGAAAAUUUCAAGGUUUUUGCCAAGAAACUGCUCACUGCCAGAAAAUCAUCAGCAGACACUGUUAGUCCAUUAUUUGAUUCAGAUCAAAUCAAAUCCAUUACGGAUUACUUCAAGAGCAGUCUUUUCCAGCAUUACAGACUGUACCAGUUCCUCUUCACUCAACCAAGAGAUGAGGUGCUCCUUGGAAUGGAGAGAAGCAUCGAGGUGGCUAAUUCAAGUGAUUUUGCUGCUCCCUUGGAGGAGGGUAUGCCAUCUGAAGUGUACUUCCGCUACACGGCUUCCUCCCCUGCCACACCACUCGCACAGGGGCUGGACGAAUGUCUACAGAAGAAUGAGGAGGAACCUGGUGAAAGUCAACAGGCAGAGGGCCACGAAAGCCUGGAAGGCUUCAGCAUGGAAGAUGUGCGAGAAGUUCUUGGGGAAAUGACCAAAGAGAUGCUAACAAAGCUGCAGGCAGACUUCACAGAGAAGUUGCGACUUCAAGAGGAGACCUACACCUCCAGGUUAGACAGCCUUAAGAGUGUGGCGUCCAAAUAACGCAGCCGAAGACCUGGAGGGAGAUUUUCUACUGUUUUUUAUUAUUUUGUUUAUAAACUACAUUGCAUAACCAACCAUCCUAAAGCAACAGAAUGUAGCAUUACGAAAGAGCUGAACGCACUUACAUUCCUGAGAACUUACACAAUAUAAAGGGGUGUGACCUUGAUUUACCGACAAUGUUUUUUUUUCCUCUCCGUUACAUAGGUUUGAAUUAUGUCAGUCUCUCCAGUGUUGACAGUAUAUGCGAAUUCAUUUCUUUCAGAAAGCCGUUCAUUCUUAAAUAGCCAAGGUAAAGCACAGGGCUAGAAUAUCCUUUAACAGCUAGCGAGCGAACGGAAUAUCUAAUUGAGUGGUUUGUAUAAUGUUUGUGUGGAGCUUUUCCCACAAGUCAUUAGCUGUCUGAAAGCAGCCCAGCACUAUGGCAACGCAAUGUAACUCACAGGCUAAAUAGCUGAGUUGCCAUAUAAAGUGAUGUAUUAUUAAAGCUGAAUAGUGGCUUUUCCACAGCAUUUGAAAAAAAAGCCACUUACAACUAUAAAUAUACACUGCAGUGUAUCUCAAAAAACGCUGAUAAACUGUUUUCUCCCUUUCUCUUCGCUGCCCCUGUUUCUCUCCACCUUCUCAAUGCAGUUCUUUCCCAUUUUCAAGCAUGUCCAUUUGUCCAGUCCAUAUGCUCACUGGUUAGCAUCAAACACGUUACUGAAAUCAUAUCAUUAUCCAUGCUGACAGGGGAGCUAUCUAAUUGUGUCUUAUUAUAUGCAGUACUGUACUAGUCAGAGACGACCAUUUAGUAAAAACAGCCAUUGAGUACAAGCUAAUCAUUCUUCAGGUGAUAUUUGUGGGUAAAUUAGAUAUAAGAUAAUCCACUUUCAUAAGGAAGAGGAAAAAUUGAUUAAAAGGUACAGAUAAAUUGGGACUCGUAACAACCAUGCAAGACCCUGUAGACCACCAAACUGUCACCAUCAGAUAAACAGUACUUAAAGCUUUCAUCUUAGAGAGAGAGGAGAACAUCAAGCGCCACUCUUGCUUCAGAUCUGAGAAAAAUCACAGGAGUCCAUCAUUCUUCAGUGAGAAGACAACAAAUAGACAAAAGAGGAGAAAAUUUGCAGACUAAACAAAGAAGCUGCUGAUGUUCUCAGAAUAAUGA